CGCGCGGGAGGGCUCUUCCGGGGCCGGAGCCAACCCAAGGUGCUGCUGUCAGGGCUGCACGGCGGGAGGGAGCCCAGAGGAGGUGCCCUCCCGAGGCCACCACUGCCCAUGCAGUCCAUCCAUUCAGCCAUCUGGCUACUGAUGUCAUGAGUAACACGACAGUGCCCAAUGCCCCCCAGGCCAACAGCAACUCUAUGGUGGGCUAUGUGUUGGGGCCCUUCUUCCUCAUCACCCUGGUCGGGGUGGUGGUGGCCGUGGUAAUGUAUGUGCAGAAGAAGAAGCGGGUGGACCGGCUACGCCAUCACCUGCUUCCCAUGUAUAGCUAUGACCCUGCGGAAGAACUACAAGAAGCUGAGCAGGAGCUGCUAUCCGACGUGGGAGACCCCAAGGUCUCCUCUUCCGAACAGGUGGUCCAUGGCUGGCAGAGCGGCUACCAGCACAAGCGGAUGCCCCUACUCGACAUCAAGACAUGACCGUCCACACCCCGCCAUUCACGGCCCACCCAGAUAGGUACAGGGCGUCUAUUCUGAGCACCUACAGCUGGCCCCAAACCACACCUUCCAGGCACUGACGGGCUCCUCUUGUGGAGUGGGCAGCAACAGCUUUGCUUUCCCUAGCCUAUUCCCACGGUGACGGGCCUAGAUGUAUAGCUGUAUAUAUUUUGUAAAUAAAAACUUU